GUAACAAAACACAAACCAAGAUGAUCCUGGGUUGCGCAACUCGGAGGUACUGCAAGACUCGGUUUAUUGAGCUGUCCUACAACAAAGGAUAUUACAUAAGGAGACAGUACGAUUGCUGCAGAAGUGACGGCUGCACCCCUCCCGCUACAGAAAUGCCUCCAGUAAACACUACCAACAAUGGGAAACGCUGUCCGGUCUGCUAUUUAGACACAGGUAUCUGUUCAGUGAGGGCAAUGGAUUGUACUGGAUCUGCAACAUAUUGUUUUGAAGGUUUUAUUAAAGAUAAGUUGAGGAGACCCAUAAAAGGGUGCACCACAGAAUCUUCCUGUAAUAUACUAAAAACCUACAAGAAGCCACUUAUUAAUAAAUUCAGGAUCACGGAUGUAACCUGCUUCGAACCCAAGAUUGUUACCAGCUGUUCCUCUCGUGAAGUUUUCCUCCUGGCUCUUCUGCCAAUGAAGCUUUUCUUCUUUAGUGCCUAUUGAAGAAAAAAAAAACAUUUCUGACUAUCCACCAAGAGGCCAGUUAAGUUUGGCACUGCGUUUCCUUUCCCCAGUUUGGCUAUUUGGAGAUAUUUUGAUUUUUAUUUGAACAAGUCAAAGACCUGGGAGAUUGAAAGAAGACCUGACAUCGAUUUACGGUUCCAUCGAUGAAGUUGGACCUCGAGACUGCCCUAAAUGUUGACACAAGGCUCACAUCUUUUGAAUGGCAUGGGAGAUAUUUCAUUCUGGCCCUCCUUCCCCUUGUUUGAUCUCCUCCCCAGCGUAUCAAAUCUUUAGAUUGUGUGUCUCCGUUCUCCAGUCUUCCUGGCAUCUCAAUAGGGUGGUAGAAACUCAAGCUUUCAUUUCAAGGUUGAAGGUCCAAUUGUCACAGUAACCCAUCUAGAUGUCCUACUGAGUCACCUCUUCUCCCUAGUCAACUAAGUCCUCCAUUCAGGGUCUUUAACUGAGAAGCAGCAGAAGACACCAGCUUCUGGAUCCCAAGCUGCAUCUUCUGCUACAACGAAGACAAUAUUUUGAUCUCCCCUCCUCCCAAUCAACAACUGACUUUGACUCCUGCUCUUUCCCAUCAGUUUAAGA